CUAUUCAACCUGUAGCUAUCGCCAGGAGCGCACGAGCCCGAGCCCGAGCGCGUGCAGUGGAUACGGCAGAGCCACGCAGAGCAGCCGCGCGCGGACAGAGAGAGACAGAGAGCAGCCCGGACACUAUGUGAAUAUUUACCGGUACAGAGAGACACAGCCCGGCAGAGAGAGACACUGAGGAGCGGUUCUGGAGCGCGCUGCCUCUGUUCUGGAGUUUCCAGCUCAUCUGAUUGUUUUGUGGGACUGCUGAUAAUCAGGUAUAUCUACAGGACAGAAAGAGAGAGAGAGAGAAAGACAGAGAGCGCGCGCACACCGACGACAUGCUUCUGCUCCAUCAGCUCCUCCUCUGCGUCCUUUUGGACACUUUUACGCUGAAUUUGGUGCAGCGGACCUCAGCGCAGAAAUCCAACGGCUCCCGGUGGCUGAUCGGGGACAGAGAGAGCCAGUGUGGGGUCAUCUGCACUAAGACUCACGGGAAGCCAGUGUGCGGCUCAGAUGGACGCAGUUACGAAACCAGCUGUGACCUGCAGAGGGCAAAGUGCAAGGACCGCACUCUCACGUUAGCCCACAGGGGCCGAUGCAGAGGUAAAAACUGGGUCCGGAUAGAUCAGCCUCCAAUACUUCCUGCUCCGACGCUAUCCACAGAGGGUAAAGAGCUGGAGCUGAAAGAUGCAGGCCAGUCGAAGUGCCGGGUGGAGAGGAGCCAGGCUCUGGAGCAAGCCAAAAGGCCCCAGGAGUCCAUCUUCAUCCCCGAGUGCAACGAGGACGGGACAUUCGCCCAGGUCCAGUGCCACACUCUCACCGGCUACUGCUGGUGUGUGACCACAGACGGCAAGCCUGUCAGCGGCUCCUCAGUGCACAACAAGACCCCAGUGUGCUCAGGAAACUUCCAUGAAUUUUUGGGAACUCAUGCUGGGACAAGUGCAUUGACAGGUUCAGUAACUGAUAAACCCCCGGGACCCCCUAGCUCUGGCAGAAAAGUCUCUUUCCGUUUCUUUCUGACCCUCAAUCCAGAUGACGGCUCCAAACCCACACCGACCAUGGAGACCCCGGUCAUCCCAGACGGUGAGGAGAUCACUGCACCCACACUGUGGAUCAAGCAGCUGGUUUACAAAGACAACAAGCAGAACAACUCCAACAGCAGAAGGCCAGAGAAAGUUCCCUCUUGUGAUCAGGAGAGACAGAGUGCACUGGACGAGGCUAGACAGAGCCCUCGAGACGCCAUCUUCAUCCCGGACUGUGGGCCGCUGGGACUGUACAAGCCUGUCCAGUGCCACCAGUCUACUGGCUACUGCUGGUGUGUACUGGUGGACACAGGACGGCCCAUACCUGGAACCUCAGCCAGGUAUAAGAAGCCAGAGUGUGACAGUGCAGCUCGUUCCCGGGUGUCUGAGAUGGAGGAUCCUUUCAGAGAUAGAGAUCUGACAGGCUGUCCAGAAGGAAAGAAAAAUGAAUUCAUAACCAGCUUGUUGGACGCCCUCACAACAGACAUGGUACAGGCCAUUAACUCGCCAACUCCCUCUGGUGGCGGGAGAUUUGUGGAGCCCGACCCCAGUCACACGUUGGAGGAGCGCGUGGUGCACUGGUACUUCGCUCAGCUGGACAACAAUGGCAGCCACGACAUCAACAAGAAAGAGAUGAAGCCCUUCAAGCGCUACGUAAAAAAGAAAGCCAAGCCCAAGCGGUGUGCUCGCAAGUUCACGGACUACUGCGAUCUUAACAAGGACAAGACCAUCUCUCUGCCAGAGCUGAAGGGAUGCCUGGGAGUCAAUAAAGAAGGAACUACGACAAGCAGCAGCAUCAGCAGUCAGGGGACAAGGCAAGGGACAAAUUUGUUCAUAGGUCGUCUGGUGUGAGGAUAGAAGCUUCCAGAAGAUGAGCCAGGAGCAAGAGGGCACAGAGGGAAGGCAUCUGCUCGGGACUUGAACAGAAAAAAAAAGAAAGAGAGAAUUUUGGAGCAAAAGAGAAAAAAAAAAGGAAAAAAGAGGUUCCUAAAGAAAACGCUGAAAUGAUAAGAUGGAGCCAAAAUAUUUGCACUUUCUCCUCACAUUGAUAGAUAUUUUUUUUCUCUGUCUCUAAUUGUGUUGUAAACAUUUGAUGAGAACACAUUUUAUGAUGUCUGACAAAUUGUUAAACUGUGUGAGUCGAUGAAACUUCGCAUAAGAUGACGGCACUCGUACAUGUGACUGACUACCUGCUUCAAAACACACCACGUCUUUUUUUUUAUUAUUAUCAUGUGUAUUACAGAGAACAUUUACUCACAGCAAGUUCUAGUCAGUAUUAUACAGUCAGUGCAGAAUUACAGACCAUUCACAUCAAUUAGACACUAAUAAUCCCUGUUAAAUUCUGUCCAAAAAUAUAUAUAUAUAUAUAUAUUAGGGUUCAGGAGUUGCUUCUUAGUAAUAGAUCCAUAUGGCCAGUUUAUUGUAUGAUCUCUUUUUUUUUAGUUUCACAGCAUUUUGGUAGCACUACUAGUAGAACAGUGUUGUAUCAGCACUCGUUAAGCAUAGUUUGCCUGAAAUGUGCCUCAUAUCUACAUCUAACCUUUUUAUUUUUUUUUUUUUCUUAACAGUUUAACGGUUGCAGAUUUAAACACAGUAGUAUAUGGUGGUUUUGUUCCUCAGUGUAACAAAAGAUCGUCGGUUAGCUUUAAGCUGUUUUGUAGGCUUUUUCAUGCAUACAUUUUCAUUUGUGUGCUAUUUUAUCAGUUUUGAUAUAUGUUUUAUGGAUUAGCGAUGCACCGAAAUCAACAUUUUUGGCCGAAUACAAAUGAAACAUUUGGUUAAAGGCUGAAUACCAAAUACAGAUCAUUAUGUUUUUUAUUAAAUUUUUUAUAUAGAAUUUCAUUACCUUAUUUUUCGCACUAUAAGGCGCUCUGGAUUAUAAAGUGCACUAUGAACGUCUAUAAUCUAUUUUUAUACACAAGAUUAUGAAGCCGGAUUAUAAGUGACACUAGUAAGGAACAGGGCCGUCGCCAUGUUUUCCUUCAAAUUCAGCAGGUCUCGCCAGGUGGUGAUGGGUGGGUGGAAGAGGGUGGAUAACUUUCUCUCAAAGUCAAACAAGCGCUGCAUAUUAAUCUACACAGAUUUCUUUCCUAAAAACUAAAAACUUAUUUAGAUGAGUAAAACACUUAAGUUUAUUUACAGUUUAUCCCACAUGACUUGUUUUAACAAGGUAAACACGCAGGCUACAGUCCGAUACUCACCCCUGAAGAGCUAAAGAGUGAAAAAGCUAGUGCUUAGCUUGGUUAGCGGCUAAUGCUAAUGCUGCUUCAGCAGUGCUAGCCAGGGUUAGCAGCAGGCUACAGUCUGAAAAUACUCACCUCUGAAUGGCGAAAAAGCUAGCUAGCAAUUAGUGCUUUUAGCAGCUAAUGCUUAUACUGAUCCAGCAGUGCUAGCUGGGGUUACGGCGAAAGAGCCAACGCUUAGCGCAGUUAGCGGCUAAUGCUAAUAUAGCUUCAGCCUUAGACUCCUGUAUAAAGCUGUGCUUUACUGCUCCUUAGAACCGGACUGGUAAAAUCCAUACAUAAGGCACACCAGAUUAUAGUCACACUGGCGAUUUUUGGGAAAAUUUGGGAAAAGGAUUUUAAGUGCAUCUUAUAGUGCGGAAAAUACGGUAAAUGUGCCACUUUUUUCACCAUUACAUAAAUUCAGUUGCCUAAAUGUAUUUUUGUUGUUUUACAAUUACAAAACUACAGUUUAAAAAUCUAUAUUUUUAGACUGAACAUUUUUAACAUCCCAGAAGAACAAAUACUAAUAAAGCACAAAAUAAUUGAAAAAAUAAAAUAAAGUAAAAUAGUCAUUUUUUGGUGCAUCCUUACUUAAGAUAUUUUUACAGAGUAACACAUCACAUUGCAUCCUUUUAUUCUUUAGUGAGAUAUAGGCACAGUAAACUCUGCAGUCUGUUUGUUGGUCUGUUGAUACGUUGAUACACUGUGAUGAAUACACAUACAAUCACUAAUCACUACUCAGCUCCUAUAGAACCAAAAGUAACGCUGGUAAGAGGAAGUCAUCAGUGCAUUCAGAAAUAGAGUUAAACCGUGAAUGUCUAUGAAGAAAAUGAAGUAAUAAAAUAGAGCUACAGUGCUUUUGCGUAGACUGGUGUGUGCUGUGUGGACUGUAGUAAACUCAGCAGGGGUUCCUAUUGUUGUCAGUGAAUUUGCCAGUGGGGAUCUAUACACAGAGUAGAGUUCUAAACUCAGAUUAAUGUGUUUUUUUGUUGUUUUGUUUUGUUUUUCCCCACAGUCAGACUCUUUAAAUCGUCACUGUCAUGCUAAAACCUUAGCUGUGUCCAAAACUGUGCCACUUUCACUAGUCCCUAUUAUAUGUGCAAGUCCAGAAAACCCACUAUAAAUAGCAUUAUUAUAAGUAGAGUGAUAUUGUAAAAAAAAAAAAAACUCAAAUGUGAUUUUUAAUUCUAACAUAACAACUUCAGUUUGUUUCUUAAACAUAAAGAACACAGCUGCUGUUUUGUAAAAAAAAGUUUUUGUCGGAAGCAAAUGUCUGUCAGAUGUAAAGAUGUCUUCUACCGUAUUUUUUGGACUAUAAGGCACUUUAGAUUAUAAUGUGCAUUAAGCGACACUAAUGAGGAUGCCUACAUCGAAGUGAGCAAGGGUGUCGCCAUGUUUUCCUUCUAAUGGGGAAGCUGUGGGAAGAGCCUAAAUAAAACAAAAAUGUGAUUCUUAAAAAAAAAUAAUAUAUAUAUUUUUUUCAAAGUCAAACGAGUGCUAGAUAUUAAUCUACACAGAUUUCUCUCCUGACAACCACAUAUUUGAGUGAGUAAAUCACUUCUGUUUAUUUACAGUAAGCUUAGUUGUCCAAUAUUUUGUCUAAGGGUGAGUUUUCAGCGAAGUUUCUCCAGCACUAUAAGGCUGGGUGCAGCAGCAUUAGCAUUAGCUGCUAAGCGCAGUGCUAGUGGGAUGUAAAUGCCGCCUAAUAGUGCUAGACUAAGGAACUCUAAGGCAAUGUUAGCUAGCAGUUCAUCCCACUUAACUUGGUUUAUCACGGCAAACACGCAGACUACAGUCCAAUAUACUUACCUCUGAACGGCGAAAGAGCUAGCGCUGCGGUUAGCGGCUAAUACUAAUGCUGCUGGACCCAGCCUUAGUACUGGAGAAACUUCGCUAAAAACUCACUCAUAUGGCUAUAAAAAUCGCUUUACUGCUUCUUAAUACAUGAGUGAUAGAAUUCAUACAUAAGGUGCACCCAAUUAUAAUGCACACUGUUGAUUUCUGGGACAAUUAGAUGAUUUUAAGUGCCACUUAUAGUCCUAAAAAUAAGGUAUAUAUCCAAAAAUGUACAAUCUUAGUUACCCAAUUUUGAAAAUCUAAAUAAAACAUUAGUUCAAUUGAUGCAAUUAAUUGGAUUAAACAUCCAGUACUACUUAUAGGGUACAGAAUUCCAAAAAUAAUAUAUAUGGUAAUAUAUAUUAUCAUAAUAUAUGUGAGAUUGUUUCACUACAUCAAAAGUAUGGCCCAAAGCAGUGCACUAUAUAGUGAAUAUGGUAUCAUUUUGGACACACUGUAGCUAUUGUAUCUCCAUUUCCAUAUAUUUCUUUACAUUUUAUCAAUAUUUCAUAAUGAAUGGACCAGUAGAAUUUUACAUUCUUACCCUGACUUCUAUUAAAAGAUUUGGAGACACAAGGUUUGGUUUGUUGCAUGACAGCACGGCUAUGUUUAGGCCCCUAAAUCAGUACUAGAGUGCAUAAAUAAAUAAUAAAUAAUUAUAAAUAAAUACAUAAUAAAUAAAGGAAUCAAGAUAGCAGUGAUCCCAGACCCCAGAGAUAUACAGAGAUAAAUCUCCCAACAGUGAUGUGAUUAUCUUUCUAAUUUAAGAAAGAUGAUGUUUGUUGUUGUAAUGUUUGAGUGUGUGUGUGUGUGUUUCUGUGUGUGUGUGUGUGUGUGUGUGUGUGUUUAUUGUUGGUUUCUGUGUGUGUGUACUUGUUUGUUUAUGGACUUAUCUUUAGAUGCCAUUGCUUUGGCUCGUGUAAGAAGAAGAAAAAGAAGAAGAAAAAAAUUGAACAUUCAAGUUGUAAAUAUGUAUCAUAUGUGCUUUUGGUCUUUCCUUUUUACGUCAUCUGUCCUGCAGCAAUCUUCGGCCAUUUCUAAACACAUCGUCAACAUCAUUUAGAAACGUCAUUUGAGUAAACUGUGUAAGUAAAAUAUUUUGCUCUUGUCAUAAAUUUGUUUGAAAGUCUGCUCAUCACAUUUAAAUGACUGAAAAUACACAUUUUAAUGUAA